AUGAAAGUGAGAAAUCAAGCAAAUCCGCACAUUAGAUGGGUGAUCGGUCAGGGCGAUGCCUAUUUUUGGGAUGACAUUUGGCUUGGUGAAUCUCCCCUUCGCGAGAUCUGCCUUGACGAUAGGGGCGCCUCAUCGGCCAAGGUCUCGGACUACAUUGGGGGUGGAAAUUGGGAUGAGGCUAAGUUACGUCAACUUCACAACCAGGCUGGAAUGCCACAAGAGGCUAUCACACAAAUCCUCCAUACCCCAAUCGUCGCGGGAGAACCGGACGUUCCUCGAUGGAAGCUUUCUCGGCUCGGGGAGUUCUCGCUCACUACGACCUGGGAGACUAUCCGAUACCGGUUUGACUCCAAGCUCCAAUGGAGGAAGAUUGAGCUUGCGUCGAAGUGCCAAUGCUGGCCACGGAGGCCUAACACCGAGUCCCUUCAACAUCUCUUCAUCCGUGGGUGGGGAGCAACAUGUGUCUGGAGGGAGUUCGACGGUUGGUUCGAAGGCUCGGCCCCAUCUCUUAGGGUGAGCGACACCAUCCCGGACAGGUUGCAAGUUCACUUGUUCAUCUACAACAACAUGACCAAUGGUCACAUCAAGCCGAAGCAUUGGAAGGGAGUGAAACUCGGAAUGAGCCCUCCGAAUCACCCCGAGACAAGGGGGCCGAGACCGUUAGAUAUGCCGGUUAAGUGGCACCCCCCGGAACGCACAUGGAUCAAGCUUAACACGGAUGGGGCAUUCUUUGAGGCAACAAACAAGGGUGGCGGAGGGGGUCUUGUUCGGGACCACAAUGGGAAAUUACUUGCAGCAUUUGCAACCCCCCUCGUCGUUCAAUCGGCUCUUGAGGCCAAGCUCAUGGCCAUACACUAUGGUUUGGAGGUAGCGAAGGCGUUCAACCUACCCAUAUGGAUUGAAUCAGAUGCGGAACAAGCUAUUAAGUUGCUCAAUGGCACGAAUUGGGGCCCGGCACAAGUUCGCCGCGUAAUGGCCCUUUUGCAUGGCUUCAAACGUGGACAUCUUUUCCGGGCCACCUUCAUUCAUAGGGAGGGCAACAAAGCGGCUGAUUCGCUCGCCAAAAUGGGAGUGGAACAAGAUAAUUUCCAACAAAUGUCCCCACAAAAUGUUCCAAGAAGGAUUAGAGCCAUCAUCCGGAUGGACGAAAUGGGAGUCCCCAAUCUUCGGGUGAGAGAUGAUGAACGAGAGUAG